CAGAUAGAAACAAUUAGAUCGCUCAAAGAUAAGGUUUCUAAAUAUAGAAUUAUGAGAGAAUUCCAUAUUAAUGAACAUCGAGUAGAUGAUAUAUGGGAAGAUCGAGAACGCCAGCAACAAAUAAUACAAAGUACCAUUUCUACAUUAGUCCCAUCAACUUCAUUUGAAAAUUUUAACCAAAUCAGAAGAGAGACUUUAUAUCCAGAAUCUACUACUCCUCUCAAUACAGAAAUAAAAAAGAGAAGUUACAAAUCUCGGUCUAAAACUGUAUUAUAUAAUAAUGAGCUCUGCUCUUACAUAUCUGAUUUAAUACCUACUAAUAACUCUACAGAAAAAAUAAGUAGUGAGGAUCUGAGUGUAUUAUAUAAAAAAGAAGCCAGAAGAGAUGAGAAAAAUAAAGCAAAUAUGACUCGCCUAUUAGCUACUACUUAA